UAACCAGCUAGCGGAUUCAUACUAGCAGCAGUAGCAAACGGCAAGCGCAGAGAUGAAGGCCACCUUCCUCCUUUUGGCCUGUGUGGUGCUUCUUGGCCUCUCUUCCGGAGGGCAAGCAGAUGAACUGAAGAAGCACUUCUACAAGAAGCUGUGCCCUCAGGCCGAGGACAUGGUUCAGGACUUGGUGUGGGCAAGCGUCAAGAACAACUCGGCGCUGCCUGCAAAACUCCUGAGAUUGUUCUUCCAUGACUGUUUCGUGAGGGGUUGUGAUGCCUCCGUGUUGCUGGAUUCAACAGCGAACAUUAGCGCCGAAAAGGACGCCAUCCCGAACCGAUCGCUAGCAGGCUUCGAAGUCAUCGAUCAGGUGAAGGCGGCGUUGGAGAAGGCUUGCCCAGGGAGGGUCUCCUGCGCAGACAUAGUUGCGCUGGCCGCAAGAGACUCGGUAUCUUUUCAAUUUCAGAAACCUCUCUGGGAAGUGAAGACCGGCAGAAGGGACGGCAAUGUAUCACUCGCAUCCGAGGCCCUCGCCGACAUUCCUUCACCCGGCGCCAACUUCACCAGGCUCGUUCAACAGUUCGCCAGCAAGAAUCUGGACGUCGAGGACCUCGUCGUCCUAUCAGGUGCACACACCAUUGGCGUCGGGCACCCCACAACCUAUACCCCCUCUUAA